GACGCACUGAGAGCUCAGAAGUUAUCUGAAACAAAAACAAGCAACCCAUGCAAAUAGCAUAUCAAUUCGAAAGUUUAAAAUUCGCCCAAGAUGAGCGCGUACUACAGGCGCGCGGCGCUGCGUAACAAGAGCCCCAGUCGGGGAUCUGUUGAGGCAGAUAUGAACGAAUCCGGAUACACAUCCUUCCGGGCGCUGCAUAACUCAACCGCGGAGACGCCAUUUUUGUUGGAGGACGCUGAAGGCGAGAACUGUCGCAAUGUGUCGAACACCUCAAUUUUGGUUCGGGGAUUUUCUACGCCCAGUGGCCAUCAGGAGCAGGACCUCCACUGGGGCAAGCCACAUCCCAAGAAGCUGCCGCAUAGGCGAUGCUCUGUGGAGGGGGAGCCCUUUUCGAUGACGUCCCUCCUGCAGGAGGAGCACAGUGUGAAAAAACGGAGAAAGCAUUUUCAACCACCACACAGCAGUCCAAAAAAAUCCAAGAAGUUGCUCUUCCCCCAACUUGAUCAACCACCGCCCAAGAACCGAUUCUAUGGCGGCGUGGAGCAUCUGGACAUCGUAGCCAAGCUUGCCCAAAACAAACCGGCCCUGGAAUGCAUUUUGCGCCAUGUCGGCAGCCACACGCUGGACGUAAUGACUCAAGUAUCAGCAGCCUGGAAGCAAGCCGUUUACAGCAGCCAACAGGAUUUGGAGCGCCUGCAGAACCAUCGGCUCAAACUAACCCUAACCAAAGAGAAUCACUGCGUGCCCAAGCGGUGCAACCAUGUGCCCAAGGCAAACCAUACCGUGCCAUUGCAAACCUCAAACCACAGCAGUCUGGCCAACAGUGCCGCCUCGCUUAUGGACUCAGGGAACUCUAGCAUCCACUUGAAGGAAGUGGAUGCCGGUAGAGUUCUGCGCGAGCAGGCGCAGCGCGUAAAGUGUCCACGCUGCGGUAGAGGCAGUCGGGUUUUUAUCAGUGAGGCAGCUAGGAGCGGUGACGUAGCGCUGUCCCAAACAUUGCCCAUCGGACGCAACAACAGCACAUUCCUCAACACAGGCGCCCCUCUCAAGCGAUUCUUGUCUCUGGACCUCGACGAAAUGAGGACCCCAACGCAAGCACCCGCUUACAACUUCGCCGAAUGCACAAGUGUCAUCUGCCAGUUCCGGUUUUGCGUCAACUGUCUGUGCAAGUCGCAUCCCGGCGAGCGUUGCCUGGUCACCGAAUUGGACACGCCCUCUAAACUCAUGAUGCCCCGUGAACGGCUCACGCCACCACAACGCGCCCAGAACCGCGAUCCCAAGAUCAGAAGGAAAAACUCGCUCAAGCGGCUCUGCUUUUAGCCAUAAUAUAGGUUUUAUAUUUACGUUUAGUAUUCGAUUUGCCCAAAUCUCAUUAAUUCCAUAUUAUGAUCAUCGCAUUAAGUUCAAUUUUGUCAUCACAAACAUUCUCACAUUUGUUUUUAGAUUGUUUAUGUUAAGGUUUGUCAGAAAUCUGUACCUCAGAGAGAUUAAGUACUUUUCACAUACGCGAAACAUAAAUAUUUUUAAUACUUAGAAACUUAGUACAUAAAAGUUUUGCUGUUCUGUACAAUACUUCUCUUAAGUUUAUUUUGUUCUAUGAACUCUCGAAAAGUAUUAAGGACCAUUUGGUCAUGUUUGUUUUUAAAUUUAAAAACUUGUAAACCCUCAAAUAUAUUUUAUCUAGAUA